AUGGUCUGCGGCAGCCGGGGAGGGAUGCUGCCUCUGCCAGCCGGGCUACUCGCCCUGGCUGCGCUCUGCCUGCUCCGCGCGCCCGGAGCUCGGGCGGCCGCCUGUGAGCCCGUCCGCAUCCCCCUGUGCAAGUCCUUGCCCUGGAACAUGACUAAGAUGCCCAACCACCUGCACCACAGCACCCAGGCCAACGCCAUCCUGGCCAUCGAGCAGUUCGAGGGUCUGCUGGGCACCCACUGCAGCCCGGAUCUGCUCUUCUUCCUCUGUGCUAUGUACGCGCCCAUCUGCACCAUUGACUUCCAGCACGAGCCCAUCAAGCCCUGCAAGUCUGUGUGCGAGCGGGCCCGGCAGGGCUGCGAGCCCAUCCUCAUCAAGUACCGCCACUCGUGGCCGGAAAGCCUGGCCUGCGAGGAGCUGCCCGUUUAUGACCGCGGCGUAUGCAUCUCUCCGGAGGCCAUCGUCACUGCCGACGGAGCCGAUUUUCCUAUGGAUUCUAGUAAUGGAAACUGUAGAGGAGCAAGCAGUGAACGCUGCAAAUGUAAACCAGUCAGAGCUACACAGAAGACCUAUUUCCGAAACAAUUACAACUACGUCAUUCGGGCUAAAGUUAAAGAAGUAAAGACCAAGUGCCAUGAUGUGACUGCAGUGGUGGAGGUGAAGGAGAUUUUAAAGGCGUCUCUGGUGAACAUUCCAAGGGAAACUGUGAACCUUUACACCAGCUCUGGCUGCCUGUGUCCCCCACUUAACGUUAAUGAAGAGUAUCUCAUCAUGGGCUAUGAAGAUGAAGAGCGCUCCAGAUUACUGUUGGUGGAAGGUUCUAUUGCUGAGAAAUGGAAGGAUCGACUUGGUAAAAAAGUUAAGCGCUGGGAUAUGAAGCUCCGUCAUCUUGGACUGAAUAAAAGUGAUUCUAGCCAUAGUGAUUCCACUCAGAGUCAGAAGCCUGGCAGAAACUCUAACUCCCGGCAAGCGCACACCUAA